UCGGGUUAGACCGGAAGUGUCUCGCGCAGUUCGUCGCUGUUGUUGCCCAGGUGAGCUGACAGAAACUUUGGGAAAAGUGCAGGAUGGCGGACGACACGUACGAAUCGAUUCUUUGCGUGAAACCCGAGGUUCACGUGUACAGGAUUCCUCCACGGUCUUCUAAUCGGGGUUAUCGUGCUGCUGACUGGAAGCUGGACGAACCGUCAUGGAGCGGCCGCAUGAAGAUCACCGCAAAGGCCAAAACUGUAUUUAUCAAACUGGAGGACAAGAUCACAGGUGAGCUGUUUGCACAGGCUUCAGUAGAUCAGUAUCCUGAUGCAUCUGUAGAAGCUGUAACAGAUUCCAGUCGCUAUUUUGUGAUCAAGAUUGAGGAUGGAAAAGGACGACACGCGUUCAUUGGGCUCGGCUUUGCGGACCGCGGGGACUCGUUUGACUUUAAUGUGGCUCUACAGGAUCAUUUUAAGUGGGUGAAACAGGAAGGUGAACUGGCCAAACAGGAAGCCAAUCAGAGCGCAGCUCCUAAACUGGACCUCGGCUUUAAAGAGGGUCAGACCAUCAAGAUCAGCCUCGGGAACAUAAAGAAGAAGGACACAGCUGGAGUUAAAUCACGUCCUGCUGCUGUUGGAGGUCUGCUCCCACCUCCUCCUGCUGGGAAAAGUGGUGGACUCUUCUCUUCUCCUCCUGAAUCUGCCCAUCAGGCCACUACACCCACUCAACAGAGCACAGGGUUGUUGCAGGAUUUUGGAGCUCCGGCUCCACAACCUCAGGCCUCUCAGGACCUGUGGGGGGAUUUUACUGCUGCAGGAUCAGGAAAUAUCAGUUCUGAGACAUGACUCAGGAAAAUGUGAAACCAGGAUGGGUGCAGUUUUGAUCAUUUGAACGGACACACACACACUUCGAGUGCGCACAUGUUUGUAUGUUUUGAGCUCACUGAGAACAGAGUGAGGAUCCACAUUCCACUUUUUUGUUUAGGAAAGUAUUCUUGAAGUGUGUUGGGUUUUUUGUUUUCUUGUUUGUUUGUUUGUUUCUCAUGCAGUGGUAUCUGCUUUUAUUUGGCGCUUUCUUCUUUCCCCUUGAUUAAUGAUCUUUAUUAUUUACUUUGACGCUUUUACUCAGAGAUUUGUUAUGAUUGAGGUGAUGUGAAAUCAGAGCAGCUGAGAAUUCUGAAAAUCCUUGACCUCAUGACCUUCAGGUCACAGGAAUAGCAAGUUGUCCUUUAUAUCUCUGUCCGUUCUCCCGUCUGUUUGGUUUGAUGUAUGCUAGCUCACUGAUCUGAAUUCUUUUAUUUUUGGAGCCAUGAAGGAACCAAGACUUUUUUUUUAAACAGUUUGUAUGACCAAUGAAAUGUUUUAUACCACACGGAGCCAGGCAGGACAUGGUUUAGCAUUUCUAAACAUGGAGGCUACAGAUUUAUUUCAUGCUAUUAGCCUCCUAGUGUAAAACUCAAGAAGGACACCUCAGAGUUCAGACCCUGAACAUGUCCUGUAGCAGAUUUCUGGCAGAACAGAAAGGAAGCUCAAAAUGCUUUGUUUUUUUUAAAUACUAAAAACCUACAUCUCUGACUGCAUUCAAUCAGAAGUCAAUGAUGCUGUCAGUGCAUGUUUCAUAAUUUCCUCUAAACACACAAAAACACACGAUUAAUGAUACUGUUCUGGAAUGACUUUCUUAACUGUGAUAGCAUUUAAACAUUUAAUCUUUUCCCAAGUGCCUUUAAUGAUAGAAACACGUGUAUAAAAUGUAAAGCAUCACUUUCAUUUGUAAAUAAAAUCUUUUUUCCCCUUCUCUGUCA